ACCGUCGGAUGAGAUUCUAGUGCCACGUCAGCUUAGAACCCUAGCGCGAGAGGGAAGAGAAGCGCGAUGGCGAUGGAGGGCGAUGGAGGAGGAGGCGACGCGAGCGGCAGCGCUGGAGUGGCCGCCGGCGAUCAGGUGGACUUGGAAGCGUACGCCGGCUUGUAUAGCGGGCGAACCAAGGUGACCCGCCUCUUCUUCAUAGCCGACCAUGCCAAGUCUCACAACUUGGAGCUGGAAGCUCUGCGGAUGGCGCACAACGAGAUACGCAGGGCCGAGAACACGCUGCUCUACAAGGAGGUGGUGGACAAGAUUGGAGGCCGCCUGGGGGCCGCCUACGCUCGCGACCAGGAAUGGGUCGACGUGGUCGAUCGCAGGGCCGUGCAACGCCAGGAGAAGCUCGACAUGGAGCUCAAUGGCUACAAGACCAAUCUCAUCAAGGAGAGCAUUCGCAUGGGCUACAAUGAUCUGGGAGAUUUCUUCUACAGCCGUGGAGAUCUCCAGCAAGCUUUCAAGUGCUACGUCCGGACUCGCGACUACUGCACCACCUCCAAGCACAUCAUCGCGAUGUGUCUCAACGUCAUUCUCGUCAGCAUCGAGCUCGGCCACUUCGUGCACGUCUCGAACUACGUCUCCAAGGCCGAUCAGACGCCGGACAUCCAGGAUCCCAUCAUCCUCGCCAAGCUCAAGUGUGCGGCCGGGUUGGCGUACCUGGAGAGCAAGAAGUACAAGCUCGCAGCUCGCAAGUUCGUAGAGACCAACUUCGAGAUUGGUAACAACUACUCGGAAGUCAUUGCGCCCCAGGACGUUGCAACUUACGGUGGUCUCUGCGCUCUCGCCUCCUUCGACAGGGCCGAUCUCAAGAGCAAGGUGAUUGAUAAUGUCAACUUUAGAAACUUUCUGGAGCUGACACCGGAAGUGCGAGAAGUGAUUCAUGAUUUCUAUGCGAGUCGCUAUGCGUCAUGCCUCAGCUGUUUGCAAAAGCUCAAGGGCAGCCUAGUGCUGGACAUUCAUCUCUACGAUCACGUGGAAGCGCUGUACGAGCAGAUCAGGCACAAGGCUCUCAUCCAGUACACGACGCCGUUCAUAUCGGUAGACCUCAACACAAUGGCCAACGCAUUCAAGACCAACGUGUCUGGCUUGGAGAAGGAGCUUGCGGCCUUGAUCAUGGAGGACCAGAUUCAGGCCCGGAUCGACUCCCACAACAAGAUUCUCUACGCUCGCCACGCUGACCAACGCAAGGCAUCGUUUCAACGCGCCAUGCAAACAGGCUACGACUUCCAGCAGGACACGCGCGCAAUGCUGCUGCGAGCAAACCUGGUGCGCAACGAGUUUGUCAUCAAGGGGGGAGGAGGAGGCAACAAGAACAAGGAUUGACAGUCUCUGCUUUCUCCCGGUACAGGCCGAACGAGGCAACCAGUGGUGGCGCAGCUCGGGAGUCGAGGAUGACAAGCUUGACGAGCUGAGCCUUGACGAUCAGCUUGAGCCGAUGCAGCCUCUUGUAGCCGA